AUGGUAACUACAGGACACAAUGUAACUACAGAACUCAUGGUAACUACAGGACACAAUGUAACUACAGAACCCAUGGUAACUACAGGACACAAUGUAACUACAGAAUCAAUGGUAACUACAGGACAUAAUGUAACUACAGAACACAUGGUAACUAUAGGACACAAUGUAACUACAGAACCCAUGGUAACUACAGAACCCAAUGUAACUACACAAUCAAUGGUAACUACAGAACCCAAUGUAACUACACAAUCAAUGGUAACUACAGAACCCAAUGUAACUACACAACCAAUGGUAACUUCUGAAUCAAUGGCAACUACAGGAUACAAUGUAACUACAGAACCCAUGGUAACUACAGGACACAAUUUAACUACAGAACCCAUGGUAACUACAGGACACAAUGUAACUACAGAAUCAUUGUUAACUACAGAGCCCGAUGUAACUACACAAUCAAUGGUAACUACAGAACCCAAUGUAACUACACAAUCAAUGGUAACUACAGGACACAAUGUAACUACACAACCAAUGGUAACUACAGAACCCAAUGUAACUACACAAUCAAUGGUAACUACAGGACACAAUGUAACUACAGAACCCAUGGUAACUACAGAAUUUAUGAUGACUACAGAUUGUCCUUUCAUCAAUCCCGAGGGUUACUGUUCAAGCAAUUUGUAUAUAUUUGGAUAUUAUGAAGAAAUUCCCCCUGCAGCCAACAAAUCGAUAGGGGACAUCAGUAGCGAAGUCCCAGAAGGGGCCGUUGUAAACUACACAAUAGUAGAAGAAGAAGAAAGCACAGUAUUUAGAGUUGACUCAGAUGGGGUUAUAUAUCCACUAGUCCCAUUGGACAGGGAGAUAGUAGAUGCAUACACGUUUACCGUUGCUGCGACUGGUUGUCAGUUCACAAAAACUGUUCCUGUUCAUGUAGAUGUAAUUGAUUUGAAUGACAAUCGUCCAAUAUGGCAGCAAAUGGAUUAUAAUGUAUCGUGGAUUGAUGGAACAGCUGCAGGUGUUGCAAUUGUUAUCAUGUCAGCUACUGAUUCUGACAUAGGUAACAACAGUAGACUAAGUUAUGAAUUAGAACCACCGUUUGAGGAGUAUUUUUCAGUAGUUGACAAUGUGGUGGCCAACAUCGAUCAACUGUUUCUGUCCGAGUUUAUAAACGACGACAGAAUAACCGUUCAUGACAAUAAGUUCACAUUUGCAGUUCAAGUAUGGGACAACGGUGAUGAACCCAAAAAUGCAACUACUUUCGCAGAGGUACAUGUCAGUAUAACGAGUCAAGUAGAGGAAGGAUUUGUAAACAUUACACUGCAGUCAGUGUUUGUAUAUGAGAAUCAGCCAAAUGGAACAUACGUCACUACAAUUUUAUCUGAAACAAGUGAUGAAUAUGAAGUGAUAUUUGAUGUUGCCGGAUUGUAUGAUUUGUUUGAAAUUGAUCCAAUAGAUGGGAAUUUGACAACCAAGAGAGUGUUUGACAGAGAGAUGAAAGACAGAUAUCAUUUGAUAGUCAAUGGAUACAUUGCCGAUUAUACAAAGUGCUUUACUUACCCGAUUGCUGAAGAACUGAUCAUAGACAUAUUGGACAUGAAUGACAACUAUCCUGUAUUCACCUAUUAUAUGUCAUCCGGCUCAGUUGCUGAAAAUUCGCCACCCAAUACAACAGUGAUAAUGGUGCCCCUCAUUGAAGCCACUGAUGCCGAUAUCAAUAACAACUCUGCAAUAGUCUAUUCACUGUCUGGCGAUGGCAGUGACCAAUUCCAAAUCGAUGAAAUAACUGGCAUCAUUACAACUUCCAAUAAUAUCAAUGUUCUUGAUUUGGACCGUGAAAAGCAAGAUACGUACAAACUCACUGUUACAGCAGCUGAUAUGGGCGGUGAUGUUGACAAUUUCAAUACUUCCAUACCUAUUGUUAUCUAUAUCAGUGACGUCAAUGAUAACACACCGGAAUUUAAUGAGACAUUAUAUGAAUUUGAACUUUCAGAAGAUACGCCUGUUAAUUACGUCAUAGGCACGCUAAUAGCCGAGGAUUAUGACAUAGGGAUAAACGGUCGUGUAUUAUAUUCUACGGUGGAUGGUAGUCAUGGUGAUUUUGACAUUGACACUUAUUCUGGUGAUUUAUUCGUUACUGGGUUAUUGGAUCGAGAUGUAUCAACUCAACAGACUUUUGAUUAUGAAGAUCCAUUUGACAGACAGCAUGUGUUUGAAGUAUAUGCCGAAGAUGAAGGCCAGCCACCUCUCACGUCUACAGCAUUGAUACAAGUGAUGGUGUUGGAUGUCAAUGACAAUGCGCCAAUAUUCAGCCAGGAAACAUACAACUCGUAUGCUCUAGAUGGAAUGCCUCCAGGAUGCCCUAUCGUCGUCACCCAUGCCUAUGACAACGAUAGUAGCAGUAAUGGCGAGAUAUCAUACCAUAUAACGGAGAAUACCACAGACUUGUUUAGGGUUGACUAUAAAGGAGUUGUCAGUGUGACAGAUAUGGUGAACUACGAUGAACUGAUUGAGGACGGAUUGCUGGAUGAUGAUGAUUCUCUGCAGUUUUUGGUUGUUGCUAUGGACCAUGGGAUACCGAGUUAUAACAGCAGCUGUACUAUCAACGUGACAGUAAUCGAUAUACAAUUAGAGGAUGCCUCGUGCGCGACCAACAUUACUUGGUAUGGGACUAAAUUUUAUCAGUUUCAAGUGGAAGAACAUUCUCGCGCAAACACGUUUGUUGGUGACAUAUCGGCAGAAGCGUACGAUUUAGAUGACCCAGUUUACUCAAUACUAGAAGACUAUGCUGACAGUGUAUUCGACGUAAGAGAUAAUGGUCAUAUAAUCACGGAUGGUGAUAUAGACAGGGAAGUGAAUCAGUCCAUAACUUUCACUGUUGUUAUUCAGAAUCAAUAUAACUCUGUCACAGUGAAAUACGUUCCUGUGCACGUAACUGUGUUAGACAUCAAUGACAACUUCCCCAUAUUUUCACCCAUAAUAUAUAUUACAGAGAUAUUGGAAUACUCAGCAGCGGACACCUUCAUUUCCCCUGUGUAUGCAACUGAUUUAGACUCGGGGGAAAGAGGAGAGGUCAGCUACGGGGUUUACCUUGAAAACUAUUUUUGGAUGGACGGCAAUAAUUUACGGAGUGCCCAGAAACUUGUCAUCAAUGAAAUGCUUGUGGCUGGGUUGGACGUAAAUAACGACGUUGUGGAAAUUGUUGUCUAUGCAUUCGACGGUGAUGGACAAAGGGGAAGCAACAACGCAACGAUUAGAUUGAAACUAACGGGAAAUACUCAAAAUAACAAUCGAACAUAUCUCGACGAACGUGUCUUUGAGAACCAGCCAGAGGGCACCUAUGUAUCGAAUGCUGCAACAGAUGCCUACGAGUCUUACGAUAUUCAAUAUGCAUUUGUAGAAUCCAACGUUGACGACUUCACAAUUGAUUCAAUUACGGGGAUAAUUACAACAGCAAAACCGCUCGACAGAGAAGACAGAUCUUCAUAUCAAUAUUCAAUUAUGGUCUAUGUUGAAGAUGAAGCUGUAUGUCUCGUUGAUCCGAUUGUAGCAGAGCUUAUGGUCACGGUUCGUGACGAGAAUGACAACUCUCCAUAUUUUGCACGCGAUUGUUAUAAAGGUCGGGUGGAUGAAAUCGACCAGCUUGAUGAGACUCCCCAGGGAGGGGAAGAAGUCCGUCUGAAUUAUCGAAUAACGUCAACAGACUGGGACUAUGGAUUGAAUGCUUCAACAAUAUAUACACUCGCUGGUGAUGGUCACGAACAGUUUAAAAUAGAUGAAAAAACAGGUGUCAUCACAACAACAGAUGAUGAAUCUGUUUUAGACUUGGAUCGGGAAGAACGAGAUCGUUAUGAUUUGGAAGUGAUAGUGUCUGAUCGUGAUGGUGUAGAUGAUCUAAGUCUUAGCUCUAGUGUCCCAUUAAUUAUAGAACUACUUGACGUGAAUGACAAUUAUCCACAAUUUACGGAGGCUGAGUAUUAUUACGAAAUCUCGGAGAACACGCCCACUGGAUCCGUGAUUGACGUUAUUAGAGCCACGGAUGAAGAUAUUGACAACAAUGCCAGAAUUAGUUUUGCAAUUCAUACGGGCGCUGAUGGUCAUUUCGAAAUCAACAGAACCACUGGCGUUUUGAGCGUAACACACACUCUUGACCGUGAAACCAAAGCAACAUAUACAUUUAACAUUUCGGCGAGUGACCAUGGCGUACCUAUUCUAACUAACUUCACUGAAGUCAUUAUUGACUUACUCGAUAUCAAUGAUAACCGACCAACAUUUACGCAAAGUGCGUAUAGAGCCCAGCAAGAAGAAAGUGUCCCUAUUGGAACAAGCGUGUUACAAGUAACAGCCGAGGAUUCAGAUGCAGGUUUGAAUGGCCAAGUGAUAUAUUCGGCACACACAAGCGAUUUUGCAGUUAAUAGUACUUCAGGUGAAGUAACGACACUUGUGGAACUUGAUUACGAAGAUACAGAUGGCAGAGAAUACAUAUUUGACGUAUUUGCCGAAGAUUGUGGCGAACCGUCCCAUACAGGCUCCAGUCAGGUUAAAAUCACCGUCACUGACAUCAAUGACAAUGCACCACAGUUUGCAGACACGUAUAAUUGCACUAUUGACGAAACCAUGAUUGUAGGUGACAUAGUUGUGAUAGUAGAGGCGACAGAUGCUGACAGUGAUACCAAUGGAGAGGUGACGUACUCUCUUGACAACAAUGACUUCUCUAUUGAUGACAGAGGUGUGAUUACACUCGCUAAAGAUGCCGGGUUAAUCGUGUGUGAAAAUGAAGACUACUGUUCCGAGAUAACAGUUACUGCACAGGAUGGCGGUGAACCUUCUCUCAGCUCAAGUACUGACGUGUUUGUGUUAAUGACUGACGAAGGUCGUGGAAUGGAAUUCAGUCAAGACGAAUAUUGUGGUAAUGUUUUAGAAGAACAAGAGCCACCUAUAUAUGUGCUAACAGUGUCUGUUACUAACGACGAUAACGUGGAAUACAGUAUUGCUAGUCAUGUAAACGAGUUUGAGAUCAACUCAACAACGGGUGACAUCGUCACUACAACGAAGUUGGACAUGGAGCAAGAAGCAAUGUAUUCCAUCUCUGUUGCGGCCUGUGAUCCUGAUGGACAUUACUACGACGGAUUUACUGUGGUAAAUAUUUUGGUUAAUAAUAUCAACGACAACAGUCCAAUAUUUGACAGAUCAUAUUACAGUGGUGAAGUGGGUGAAGGAAAUUACACAGCGUGCUAUGUUGCCAUAGUGACUGUGAUAGCAACUGAUGCGGAUGUGGAUCCCAAUACUGAAAUAACGUACAGCAUAACAGAUGGACAUAAUGGUGAGUUCUUCAUCGAUUCGAAUGGAACCAUUUAUGCUGUAGGAAAUAUUGACAGAGAAGAAAUUGCUUUGUAUACGCUAACAGUUAUGGCUACAGACAAUGGCGAAGAACCACAGAGCAGUACUGUUCCUGUAGACAUCACAGUUACUGAUCUCAAUGACAACUCGCCUAUAUUCACCGAAAAUAACUACAAUGGUUUUGUUGAGGAAAAUGCGCAGUAUUACAUCAAAAUCGUCAAAGUGAGUGCAACUGAUGCAGAUGAAGGUCCCAAUGCUGAAGUGUACUACACAAUUUUGUGUGGGGACGACGGCGACUUUGAAAUUAACAUGUAUUAUGGGAUUAUCGCUCCUACUGCAAAUGCUAAAAUUGAUUACGAGAUGAAAUCGAACUACACACUGGCGGUUCAGGCGCAAGAUGGAGGAACUCCUUCUUUAAGGAAUGUUACUAGCGUUUACAUACAGGUUAUCGAUGUUAAUGAUAAUGAACCUACUUUCGUUGGUGAACCAUACGAUGUCGAGAUACUCGGUAAUGCAGAUGUUAAUACCACAGUGAUUACUGUUGUUGCCGAGGACGCUGAUUCCGGAGAGAAUGGCAAAAUCACAUAUACUAUGGAAGAAAGUUACUACUUUGAUAUUGAGAAUGACACUGGGGAUAUAUGGGUCGCACAAAAUCUGGUUGGUGCUCUUGGUACACACGAGCUAUCAGUCGAGGCUACUGAUCACGGAGAUCCGCCACAUGCAACAACAACUCUGGUUACAAUAACUGUACGUGAAAUCAAUACCUACGCACCUGUAUGUGAUCCGUCAAAUUACACUGCCGAAAUAAGCGAAGAUGCACCCGAUGGUACCUACGUUGUCGAGGUUAUUGCUACGGAUAAAGAUGCAGAAAAUAAUUCUACAUCUGAACUUGAUGGGUCUGGAAUUGUCUACUAUGAAAUUGUUCAAGGCAAUGACAACGGUUUCUUUAAGAUAGAUGCAAUCACUGGUAUAAUACGAACUAGUGGUACGAUUGAUAGGGAAGUUGAAGCGGUUGUGUAUCUUGUAGUAUCGGCAUAUGAUGAUGGACUGCCGUCGAAACAAGACAAUGCUACUGUUGAUAUCACUUUAUUAGAUGUCAACGAUAAUCCACCUUCUAUUUAUCCAGAUGAAAUGUUUACGUUUGUUUACCAUUUGAUGGUUUCAGCGAAUGACGAGCACCUUUUCCAUGACGACCAUGGGUAUGUCUCGGUUGAAAUACGUUAUCGCGAUCCAAACACAAACAGUCCGUUAUUUGCAGAAGAUGAAUAUUCCACAGCGGUACCCGAAAAUCUACCACCUGGUUCAGUUCUAGACCUAGACAUCUUAGCUAUAGAUAUCGAUGAUGGUGACGAUGGGAGUGUGACAUAUUCACUUGCCUAUGUAGGAAAUGAGAGGGGAAUAUUCGAGAUCAAUCCAGUUACUGCCAAUAUAUCCACUCUUUAUUUGCUGGACUCCUUCGAGGUAACACCAUUUUAUAAUUUGACUGUUAUCGCUACUGAUGGAGGUGAACUACCUAAGUCAAGUAUUGUUCCUGUAUACGUUAUAGUCACAGACGUAGUUGACCCAACUACACCAAGAUAUUCGGAAUGCCUGUCUGCAGAGGACACAAGCGACCCUAUCUAUGAUUUUGCACUGGAACUGAGUAAAGAAAUCUCUAAGAACGAGCUUGAACGUAUGAAGUUUGCAAGUCAAGCACAUUGUAAAAAAGGGAUGACUGAAACACAGAAUGCAUGCGGUUUUAUCGUACAAUUGUAUGAAAGUGGUGCCAUCGACCCCGAAGCCAAUGAUUUUAAAGUAUUAAUACAUAGCUUACGUGCGGCUGAAAGAAGUGAUCUUGCAAAGAAGGUGCCAGCUAUUUGGGAACGUUUGAGGAAGUUUAGGGAUUCAUAA